AUGUCUCCUAGCGCCGCGAAUAACGACGCUCCGGAGGCUGCCAAGGUCGUCCCCGCCAAUCCAGAUCCGUCCGUCGUUGUCACGCCCAAGAUCGAGGGCCACUGGACUGUUGAGGAGGUCGUCAAAACCAUUCCCACUGGCAAGCCGACGGAGGGCUCGACCUCGCCGCUGCCCUACUUCCACCUUCUCGAGAGACUCAAGACCACAAAGCGUGAGGGCUGGCAGCGGUUCGGCAUUGUACGAGGCGAGUCUAUCGCGGACCACAUGUACCGAAUGGCCAUGAUCUCCAUGAUCGCACCCCCGGCCCUCAAGGAUCGCCUCGACCUGAACAAGUGCAUCAAGAUGUGCCUUAUACAUGACAUGGCCGAGUCCCUGGUCGGCGACAUCACGCCGGUGGAUGGGGUUGCUAAGCCGGAGAAGAACAGGCGGGAGGCCACGACUAUGGACUACCUGACGACAAACUUGCUCGGGAACGUCUCUGGUGGAGCGGGAGCCGACAAUGGCAAGGAGAUACGGGCGAUCUGGCAGGAGUACGAGGACUCCAAGACGCUGGACAGCCUCUUUGUGCACGAUAUUGACAAGCUGGAGCUGCUCCUGCAGAUGGUCGAGUACGAGAAGCGCGGGGAGGGCAAGCUGGACCUGGGCGAGUUUGCCUACGUGGCCAAGAAGAUGGCGCUGGAGGAGAUGAGGGCGUGGGCCGACGAGGUCCUGAAGGAGAAGGACGCGUUCUGGGGAUCGCGGCCCCAUGUCCACGGUGAAGACGGCGUCGAGGGCGGCGUGUCUAAGGAACAUGUUCAGGCUCAGGAGGAAUACUACGCGCGAGACUGA